AUAACAAUAAUGCUGCUUUAUUACUCCAAUUAUUAACAAACCCAAGUGCUUUACAACAAACACUUGCAACUAUUAUACAAAUUCAGCAACAAAGUUUAUCUAUGCCUGAAACUACUUUGCCAGCUAAAUUAAAAGAAGCACAUGAAAAGAGUAUUCCUGCUCCUCCAAAAUGCAAAAACAUAACACCUCCAAAAAAUAAAAAGACAUCGUUUUCAACAAGAAGUUCUCGAACAGUAUUAUCUUUUAGUAAUAUGAUUAAUACAACCAACAAUAAUAACUUUCAACAAUCUUUAUCAGAUGAAAAUUCAUCUUCUACUGAAUCAUCUGAUAAAAAUAGUUCAUCUUUAAUUAAUAAGCAAACCACAUCUCCUACUUUACCAAAUAGAGGAUUUCAGUCUGCACCCCCUAUGAAUGAAAGUGAUUAUUUAGCUGAUGAUGAUAAUAAUGAUACUCAACAAUCAUUUAAUAUAAUUGAAGAUAACAACAAUAAUAAUAAUACUCAACCUUUUAAUGCAAUCGAAGAUAAUAAUAAUAAUCAGCAAGAUUCUGAUAAAAAAAUAAUUGAAGUUGACAAUAACAAUGAUAUUCAACAACAUUCAG